ACCACUCCGGAACUUCCGGCCGGGGCCGCCAUUUUGACUUCGCGACCUUGGACUCCGGCUGCGCGUUACCUGCAGUCCGCUCAGUGGCGUCAUGUCUGUGCUGACUCCACUGCUGUUGAGAGGCCUGACAGGCCCUGCCCGGCGGCUCCCAGUGCCGCGUGCCCAGAUACAUUCCAAGCCGCCGCGGGAGCAGCUCGGGACCAUGGAUAUCGCCAUUGGGCUCACCUCCUGCUUCCUGUGUUUCCUCCUGCCUUCCGGCUGGGUCCUGUCACACCUGGAGAGCUACAAGAAGCGGGAGUGAUGGGAGCUGUCCUCUCCCUCACCCCGAGACCUGACCACCCCAGCCUUUCCUGAUCACGUCUGCUGCAUUCCUGGCCGGCCUCCCCUGGAUCAUGUCCUUCUGUUACAGUGACCUCUUCUGCAGUCAUGACAUCUUGAUUUCUCCACGGUGACAUCCUGGGACCACAUGUAUCUGUUUAUAAGGCCCUGCUCAGUAUGGCCUCCCUUGUAACAAUAAAGUCUACUUAAAGCGUGCUUCA